UCCGAAAUGGCAUCUUCUAAUACGGCCGGCUCGGCGAUCGAUGCGGAGAACGUUGGAAAACUGAUCAAACAUGCUAAAGACACGCACGCGAACGUUAUGAGAUUAGCAAAUCAGGCCAACGAUCAAAAUGCAGAAGUUGACCUUGGAACGAAGACAACUGAGGGUCCAAAUAACAAGCUUGAGAAAAGUUUAGAAGAUUUUUACAUUGCAUGUGACCAGCUACAGCUCUAUCUGGGGCUCAUGAGGGAAACAGCAAGUCAAACUCACGAUAGUGGAAGAUACACACCCAAACCUAUAUUCAGCAGCAAAACAGAGAACGUUGCAGGGACACAGACCUACAGUGAGUAUCUAUCGACAGUCCGCACUCAGAUAGCAGCCACAAAAGAACUUCAUGAUAUGCUGUCAGAGUUUUCCUCUACUCAGCUACCAUAGCGAGAUUGAUAUUUAGUGCCAGUUUUCUAUUUCAAAGCACCAUUAUUGUGACCAAGGUCACUUGAACAAAUUUAAUCAGGCACACUACAAGAAAUGGAUUUUACUUCCAACUAAAUUUAAGAAUUGAGAUGGAAUUCAAGAUUGUUUCCUGUCAUCACGUUGAUAAUGGCAGAUUUUCUUGUAACUGCUUUGUCUUUCUGGGCUGAGUUAUUCAAAGCCUUUUAAAAAAUAUCUCUCAAUUCAAACCGCAUGAAUUGCAGAUGGAAGCUCUUGUUGCCCCCAUAUUCUGC